UUAUAUCUAGUUUUAGUUUGUUACAUGAUGCUGUUUUGAGAUUUUCCAAACCAACAUACAAAAGUAAUUCAUUCAAGUUCACAAUCUUUCUUACAUAUUGCCCUUUGACCCCUUUUGUUUACAUACUGAGAGCUUUGGUGGAACACACCUCUGGUUAGACCAAACAUCUGUCUCAGAACAUCUUCUGGUGUUAUUGGUUUAUAGCUGUGACUUAGCUAUACUAGACUUAGCUAUAUAGCUUGACUAUACUUAGCAGGGCACCUUAGCCUGCUGGCUGUUUGAGGAAGAUAUGGAAAUAUAUGUAAAUUUUAAAGAACAAACACAGCGUGGCUGCUGUAAAUGGAAAGGCCUUUCUUUUAGCAGCAUUUGAAUUACAUCAUACCAUCUAAAGAAGCAAUCUUUGACCCAGACGGUCUGGCAGAAACGCUCUAAUUUUACCACGCUAGCCUUUAAAGAUCUUAAGCAAGAGGUGAGUCAAAUCAGAGGUUCUGGGGAACAGUGUUAGUUAUGGUGUGUUUAACCUGUUAUUAUGGAACAACUAAAAUCCACACCGGUCCUGUCACUGUGUUUCCCUGAACAUUCUCUUUGCAGCUUGUGCUGCUGCCUGUUUGAAAGCAGCUCAGUAAUCCUGGAUCAGGGAGCACAAAAGCCCCCAGAGUGUUGGUGAGAAUUUGGCUGCCAAUGAGCUGAGACACAGUGGGAAAGUCAACCAGCUCUCCGCAGAGGAAUACGGUUGAUGUGUUGGAUUGGCUUGUUGUGACCAGGAGGACAUAACACCACUUCAACUCUCUCAUAGAGUGCCACGUCACUUCAGGACUCCAUGGACUUGCUGCAGGACUCCAGCCACACCAUGUGGGACCUGAAUACUCGACUGAAGAGUUUCAUGGAGCAGGUUAACAGGCUGCAAGAGGCCAACCACCAGCUGGAGGCUGAGAUAGCCGAGUGGAGCUUCCGGAAUGCCUCACGCAGCCAGAACUGGUCCAAGCAGGAACAGACCGUCAGGGACCUUCGUUCACAGAUUUGCAAUCUCCUCAUGGAGAAUGCCCAGUUGGCAUUACAGUCUGACAACAUGAGAUCCAGAGCUGCUGCUAUCCAAGCCAGGUGUGAGACAGAGGAGAGGACCACCAGACGCCUUGAGCAGCAAGUGUCCCUGUUCAGGGAGGCAAAGCGAGAGGCAGACGAAAGCAACAAGGCACUGCAAGCCGAGUGCCACCGCUCCAUGACACAGCUGCAGCAGAUGGACCAGGAGUUUAUGGCAGCCCAGGCUCUGCAGCUGCAGCAGGCCGACUCCUGCGAUGCUCUGUUAGCAGCAGCAGGAAGGGAGGAGGAGGAUGGCACAGCGAUGGAGCUCACCCAGCUCUUUGACCAAAUCAGAGCGCAGUGCGACCAGAGCAGACCUGCUGGCCUGGCUGAGAGACACCGUGUCCUGGGAACAGCCUCAGAUCCAGCUGCCGGCUUGGUGGGGCCCAGCCAGUCUGGAUCAGGAGCGGCAGCAGCUUCCAGAACACACAGAGGAGCCGUUACUGAGGAGGAGGCAGCAUGGGCGCAGGUGAGCCUUGGAGGAGCUGCGCUGAAGGAGGCACGGGCUGAGCUUGCUGAGGCCAGGAAGCAGUGGCGCUCCCUGCAGGUGGAGAUUGAAACCCUGCAUGCUUUGGAGAAAGGCCUGGAGUGUUCGCUGCAGCACACCCAGGAGCUGUACACAAGCCAGCUGCAUGACCUCUCGCAGGUGAUCGUCGGGCUGGAGAGCGAGCUGGAGCAGGUUAGGAGCGGCUUGGCCACCCAACGCCAGCGCCACAGCCAGCUGCUGAACACCAAGAUGAGGCUAGAGCGUGAGAUUACCAUUUAUCGACAGCUUCUGGAGCGAGAAGAGGGCAGAUACGUCAGUCGUCGUGCCCAUCCGUUGGUUCUGCGGCCCUGGAGGUCUCCUGUGACGGAGCCAAAAGAAAAUGGGCUGGAAAACAGCUUCAGUGACUCUGCUGUUACUCCGGAUGAACCAAAAUCUGAACCUCUGCCUGACAUCCCGUCUCUCCUUCCUGCUGACAAUGGACUGAAGAAGAGCAAGCUGUACAGGCAGCAAAGCCUUGUGAUACUCACAGAGCCGGAGCAGGAUAAGGACUUGCCACUGUCCACUGUGAAGACUCAGGAGAUUCUUCAGGGCAACGUGGUGCGGGAGAGCGCAGAAGGUCACGGCACUAUUGAGACAGAGAAGAUUGACAAGGUGAUAAAGCAGUGGGAGGGCUCCUUCUUCAGAGGGAACCCCAAACUGAGGAAGAAGUCUGUGUCGCUGCGCUUCGACUUGCACAUGGCUGCAGCAGACGAGGGCUGUGGCCAAACCAAACAGGACAGCCUCCCCGACGUGGAGGUUCGUCUUAUCAUGAAACGGUCCCGCAGCAUCUCCACCAUCACACAGUGACUCUCGUGCUUUGAGUACACAGUUAUUACCAGUUCGUAGCGGUAUGUGGUGAUGCCAGAGGUGUCGAGGAUGCAAAUGGAACUGCAGCGAUCCCCGAACUCUGGGCUGCAACCAUCCAUUGCCAUCAUGCUUUCAAAUGCAACAUUUACUAAGCUUAGCAUCACAGCUCAUGACUGAAUUUACCUGUCGGAUACGGGUUGUGGCAGGUUAAGUGUUAUAAAAGGAGGCUUUUGUGGUGACCGUUUCAAUAGAGCCGGAGAGAUUUAUAUUCUCUGCAGUAACAUUUAAAGCAUAUCCUUACGUCAUCGGCUUAGACAAAGAGAAAGUGUCUCUCACUUUUUCAGCCUUUGCUGCAUAAUAGGUAUUACAGACUAACACUGACAUUUAAUCCCAGUUAAACUCUACGUGAAGGUAGGAGGAGACUAUUGAAAGCAGACUUGUUCAAGCAGCUACAAACUACCAGAGGGUGCAUUUAAGUGGUGGAUUUUCACUACAGGACUGUAUGAAAAUUAUAGAAGUGACUAAAUUUCGCAUGUUUUUAUUUUAUUUUAUUGCGUAUGUCACCAGCAAACACAGCUAAGACCUUUUUAUUUUCAGAUUUAUUUUAUUUCAAAAGUCAUAAUCUAAACAGUGAUGCUUUAGGUUUCUUUUCACAAGAUUAUAUAAAUGUUUUAUCAUCUAUAUAAAAAUUAGAGCUGAACAAGUACACUUCUAUUCUUCAUAAGAUAGGGACUAAAUGUUACCUACCUUCUUUCUGUGAUUGAGUCAUUGAUAUUUUUGAAUGAAGAAUAGUCAUAAUAAUCAAUAACAUAAAACCAUCUAAACAAAGUUUCCUGCUAUUUGUGAAGGUAAGCAGGAAUGUAACGAGCCAGGAAAGAGAAAGUUGACUUUAGCUAUAGAGUAACAAAUAUAGAAACUGUAAUGCUUCAUUUUAUCCACUUAUAAUUUUUUGCAGUGUAGUGUCACUAUGUCCUUGGUCAUUGUGUGAUUUCCAUCACUAAUCUUUACAGCUCUACUCACUGCAGUUCAAUUUAAGGGAAACAGUGAAUCAGUUAGACAGUAAAUUGUAAAAUUGUAAAAAAAAAAAAAAAAAAAAACGAGUAAAUUUUGGUUUAAUAAAAUAAAUACAACCUCAAAAUAUAGUAAGAUUAUUAAAACAUAAAUGUCUGAAAUAUUUAAGAUUGCAUCCAAUCACUCUUUAGGGAUGAUGCAUUGUUACAUAAGAGCAGGCCAGCCUUAGAGGUUGUAGUAGCACACACCAAAAAAACACAACAGGGUCAGAUUUCAGUUUGUCUUUAUCUGACUCUUGUACUGACUUGGCCCAGAAAAUGCCACAAUGUUGAAAUGACCAAAGCGACUGCAUCAUAAUUUUGAACACUUUCUUUUUUAACUGAGUUCAGACUUAUAGCUCUUGAUAGUUCUAUUUGUUUUCAUGUCAAAAGUAGCAAAAAAGGUAAAAGAAAAUCCAAAUACAAAAUUUCUCUCAACAUUCAGGUAGAUGUCGUGCUUCAGUUCUUACCAGCAGUUUUACUCUGAAGUAUACAGCCAUUUGCAUUCUCUUUUUCCACUGUCAGCAUUAUACUUAUAUAAGUAAACAGUGCAGUGGUUAUGGAAAACAUUGGAUUAGUGAAUGGAAGAAAGUCUUACUAAUCACUGUCUUACUAAACAGCAGAAAGUCUUACUAAUCACCACAUAAUCCCAGACAGAAAGACCCCAGGCAGAAAUUCAAACCCAUAAAUUUCUUGCUAUAAGGCAGCAAUGAUAAUAACUGUCACUCUGCCGCCCACUGCAGUAUUAAUAUCUAAUGUUUCUUCAUAUAAUCAGUCCAUGUUUUACUCCCAGUCCGUCCUAUCCUCACAUAAUAUAACUUCCCAAAAGUUAUCUUAAAUAUGUCUGUCACACCUUUCAGACUCUACAGUUUCUUCUAUCACUUCAGUUUUAUAGAACAACACUACUUAAAUAUACUGUAGGUGGCAUUAAUAUUCUGGUAUACACUCUGUAUAUAAUCUGCAUAUACAGAGAAUAUAUGCAGAUUAUAUUCUUGUUUGCAGCUUUAAUUAGCUGCAAACAAGUCACAGUUGCAGCUAAUUAAAGUAUUUCAAAUGGAAAGAUUUUUUUUUGGUGGCAGAGAAGAGAUCUGCUGCUAAGCAACCACACACACAUUUGACUGGUAUUUAUUGUCAAGAAAUCAAUAUUUUCUUUGCUCACAUCAAACAGGAAACAUGCUUUUACCUGCCUUGAUAAACCUGCCUCUAAAAUAUGACAUUUGCGCUUAGGUUUUGACUGCAAAGGCUAACACUGAGAACUACUGCUUAUAUCUAAAUCUACAUGUGUGUUUUUCUUUAGAAGAUCUUUUUGUGUGUGUUAUUUCUGCUUCACUGAGUACCAGGUUAAGGAUGAAUAUUUAUUAUCCUGUUUGGUUUGAAAAGUUAGGUAAUGUUGAAAAUAACUGCUUUACUAACUGAAGUAGACAAAAUGGAGUUAGACAAAGAGCUGGCUGACAAAAAUGAGCUGAUUUAAUUUCUGUAAUUCAUCUUCCUAGAUACAGUAAUUCGGCCUGAUUGGUAGUUUGGUUGGGAAAAGAUGGAGAGUUUGAGAUAGUCCCAUCAUAUCAUAGUGGCUCUGACUGAAAUAUUUCCAGCCCUGUGAAUUUCUUAACCCAGUAAUUUUCUUACAGUCCUGAAACACGUUGCACUGCAAACCCACACAGCACGUAAGAACGUCUGCACUGAAAAAUAUCCAGAGUUGGAGCACUUUGGUGGUCCUUUGUGAAUGCAGGUAAUUCUCAGACUGAUAAUGUAGAUGUAAUGUACCACUGUGAUCCUAACAGCAGCGCUGCUUUUAAGUAGUAAGUUUCACUUACAAUGUGUUUCUCUGAGAAUCUCGCUUCCCCCUUUUCACCAAUAGAGGACAGCGUUUAUUAAGAUUUACCUCUGCAAUGAAUCCAUCAUACUGUAUUUGUGCCUCCUUAGAUUUUAAGUUUUUAUGCUAAGUUUUGAGUUAAGCCCCGAAGAUGUUUUGAAAAAUAAAAUUCUGACCUAUAGGCAGUAUGUUUAGGUCCUUCAAGGGUGGUUUAAAAUACCUGAAUUUAUCUUAUCUAUGCAGUCCUGUGCUUGAUUUUUGCUCUGCUUCAAGAAGCACACUAGAGGUUUAUCAUUUCAAAUAAAGAGAAAAUGUGCUGA